GGGCUCAGGUUGUUUACUUUCGGUAAGCGUUUGUGCUGGAGCGCGGCUGACGACCUCCGUCGGAUUGGGCGAGCCCCAUGGUGACCGUAUCUAUUUGCGCGGGUCUGGUUGGAAGCGGUGUUUCAGGGCGAGUGGUGCUAGGGAGUCUUGGAUCGCUUGCGCACACGCGGGCGCGUAGAACCUGGCAAUGUCGAGACUGCCUCGGUGUCGGUCGCGCGUGCUGGAGGUUCGGUUUAUUAUUAUUAUAGUGGGUGGCGGUGUUGUUACAACCCUCUACGUCUGUGCUUGCAUUCACUAAACAUCUAUUCGUUUUGGCGUAAUUGCUCAUGCGCGUGAUUAGGUGGUAGACUGUUAAAGGACUGUCUUUGACCGCACUCACAUGUCUAGAGGAUUGAUUUGAUUGAAAUAUUUAGCAAUGCUGGCUUGUUUGCUCUAGGUGAGGGGAGCUGCCUAUUUUACUCUUUCGAACUUCCUAAUCUUUGCUGAGUUUAUCAUGUGGAGGUGUUUUUUAGUGAGGAAGAAGCAUCGUCGAUUGGGGAAGUUCACACUUUUCAUGUACAAUGGCGGAUGUCUCUUAGUGAAUUGGGAACACAUUUUUCAUGUAAGAAAAGAUAGGGAAGGACAAUUAGUUGCACUUCCUGUUUACCCAGACAAUGCUGUCUUGUUGUGCUGUACAACUUGUGUAAGAUUUGGCGUUGGAGAGGAGGCCCACAAUUUUAAUUGGAAGUGGUCUUCAAGUUGGAUGCUAAUUGUUUUGCUCAUUUGCUGAAGUUUCCAGUAAAGGCACGGGGCUGCUGCUGUUUCUUACUUUGUUUGUUCUUGGAGGACAGACACAUGGUUUUUUUUGUUGUUUUGAGCCUUCGGAGUUCUUUUUCUGCAAUAUUGGCAUUACUAAAAUGAAGUGCCGGUGCAUUUGCUGUAGGUGUGGAGUGCUGCCUAUUUACUCUUUCAAAUUACAUGAUCUGAGCUAGGUUUAUAAUGUGUGGUGACUAGUGAAUACUGAUCAGUGGUGGUUUUCAGUUAAGAACGAGCAUCAUCAAUUGGGGAAGUUCACACUUUUCAUGUAGAAUAGGGGAGGUAUCUUAUAGGGUGUUUGGUUUGAGCUCACUUCUCACUUUUUUUGUUUGGUUUGUGGAAUGUAAUGAGUUGAUUCAUCACCACCUCAAUCCUCAUAGUUAGUUAGUACUAACAUAAGGAAUGAGGUCAUCCCACCAAAUUUGAGGAAUGAACUCAUGAUACACCAUCUCAUCUUGGAUGCAGUGAUUCCUCAAACCAAAUACCCCCUUAGUGAACUGGGAACUUCACACUUUCAUGUAUCAUAGGGAAGAACAAAUGGUUGCACUUCCUGUUUACCCAGGCAAUGCUUUCUGGUUGUGCUGUAAAACCUUUAUAAGAUUUUGCAUUUGAGAGGAGGCCCACAAUUUUAUUUGGAAAUGGUCUUCAAGUUGGAUGGUAAUUCUUUUGCUGAGGUUUCCAGUAAGGGCAUUUGUUGCUGCUGUUUCUUUAGUGGAAAUGUCAUAUUUUGUUUGCCCUUGGAGGACAGCCACAUGGUGUUUUGAUCCUUUCUGAGUUCCUUUUCCAAAAUGCUGCCAUGUCUAACACGAAGAUGGACAUUUUUGUGUUCUUAGAAUUUCUUGUAUCAGGAACUGAAGAAUGAUGAAUAAAGGCAAUUAACUGAUUUAUGGAUAUUUACAUUCUGGAAGACACUAGAGAAUAUAGAGGCGAUGUGGCAGAUGAAUUUGGAAGAAGCCAUGGAACUGGGGCCAUACCCAGAGCGUGUUGGUGAGCCAGACUGUAGCUAUUACAUGAGGACUGGCAUGUGCAGGUUUGGGAUGACCUGUAAAUUUAAUCACCCAGCAGACCGAAAGCUGGCUGUUGCUGCUGCAAGAAUGAAGGGAGAAUAUCCUCAAAGAAUUGGGCAGCCUGAAUGUCAAUACUAUCUGAAGACUGGCACGUGCAAGUUUGGAGCAACUUGCAAGUUUCAUCAUCCCCGAGAAAAGGCUGCAAUGGCAACUCGAGUUCAGUUGAAUGAACUGGGCUACCCACUCCGCCCGAAUGAAAAAGAGUGUGCUUAUUAUUUAAGAACAGGGCAGUGCAAGUUUGGAAGCACAUGUAAGUUUCACCAUUCACAACCAUCCACCAUGAUGGUUGCUGUACGUGGCUCUGUUUAUUCACCUGGACAGUCUGCAACUUCUCCUGGCCAGCAUGCUUACCAAGGGGCUGUAACAAGCUGGCCCUUGUCGAGAUCUGCUUCUUUCAUUGCAAGUCCAAGGUGGCCAGGUCAUUCAAGUUAUGCACAAGUGAUUGUUCCUCCCGGGCUUGUUCAGGUCCCAGGGUGGAGUCCUUAUACUGCGCAAAUUGGUUCUUCAUCCUCGGAGGACCAACAACGGACACCUGGAGCUGCUCAAUACUAUACUGGCUCACGCCAAAGUGGUACUAGUAUAGGCGAUCAAGGAAUGUUUUCAUCCUACCAAGCAGGUUCUGUUCCUGUUGGACUUUAUGCAGUACAGAGGGAGAAUUUAUUUCCAGAGAGACCUGACCAACCUGAAUGUCAGUUCUAUAUGAAGACCGGAGACUGUAAGUUUGGUGCUGUAUGCAAGUUCCAUCAUCCCAGGGAGCGAAUAAUUCCUACUCCCAAUUGUGCACUGAGUCCAUUAGGCCUACCUUUGCGCCCGGGAGAGCCAAUAUGCAGUUUCUACAAUCGCUACGGCAUGUGCAAGUUCGGUCCAAAUUGCAAAUUCGAUCACCCAAUGGGAAAUGCCAUGUACGGCCAGGCUCCAUCGCCAGCUAGCGAGGCCCCAGCUCCUCGGCGCAUGCUGGCACAUGUACCGCCGUCGCACCCAGAAGCAUCGCCUGAUGGUGGUUCCGGAAGGUCUAGGAGGAUUGCCCACUCUGAUUCCCAGCAAAUACCCUCUGGUGAAAGGAGCGCUGAGAGAGAGGCGUCCUAGGCCAUCCUCGGUGUCUUCGUUCCCCAUUCUUGACUGGAGUAACCAUCUGCAACCAACAACAUUCGAGGAUCCGAAGCUGUACAGGUCUUUUGCCCCACCUCUGAGCUUUACAUACCGGAGCUUGCUUCAACGUGUAUUGCAUUCAGGCAGGAAAAAGUUCUUGCCUGUUCGGGAUGCUCAUUUGCUCCCCCACUGAAACGGGAACAAACCUACCUUAUUUAAAACAUAUGUAUGGAUGGAACCUACUCACCUCUGGACAUUCAAACCCAUUCGAGUCAUGUGCACUGGUCCCGGUGCUGUAGUUAUAGAGCUGUCUUUGCAUGGACAAAGCUGUUGCGAAACUGACUGGGGAUGCGCAAGCAUAACCUCUUUUGUUAAUUAUUGUCUCGUUUUUUUUUUCUCGGCAUUUAUCUCUUUUUCAUAAGGGCAGCCCCGCACUCUGAAAGUGUGCGUUUUGAAGAUUGGGAAAAUAAUAGGUUGCCAUCGUAUGCUCUGUAUUA